AUGUUCCUAAAGCACCGGGUCUUGGACUUCUACUGGAAAGGGUUCAUUACGAUUUUUAUGACAAAAGACAGGCAUGCCAAAACGCACGAGCCGCUGACUGAUUGGGGGCCCGAAGUAGAAGAACGCAUAAGCAAAGUCAAAUUUGAUCUCAUCACGAAGGAAAUACUCGAAACGGAGCUGCGUCAACAAUCAAUGUUGCAGUGGCUAGCAGAUCUCGUACAUCACGAUUUCUGUGCUGAUCCUGAGGCAGAAGAACUUCCGAAGCAAACUUUCCUUACGAUGGCUAUCGGGAAAGCUGAGGAGGAUGAGACACGAUUGUUACAGGCAGCCAGAGAAGAAAAGACAAAGUCGACGGAAGAUGUGGCAACUAAGAACGAAAGUGGUGAUGUUGCGCAUAGUUGUGAUAAUGAGGUUAGCGAUUGUACUCAGCAUCAAAUCUUCCUUAUUAGUUUGUUUUACUUUUACCGCUGAAG